AUGCAGCGGCUGUUGGCUCCAGUGAGACAGGUGCUGCAAGUGAUGAAGGGUGCUUCCAUCACACCUGCUCGCCUGCUCCCAGCAGCCCACCAACGGUUUUCUACAGUCUCUGCAGUCCCCUUGGCCAAAACAGAUGCUUGGCCAAAAGAUGUGGGCAUCCUUGCCCUGGAGGUCUACUUCCCAGCCCAAUAUGUGGACCAAACUGACUUGGAGAAGUUCAACAAUGUGGAAGCAGGGAAGUACACAGUGGGCUUGGGCCAAACCCGUAUGGGUUUCUGCUCAGUCCAGGAAGACAUCAACUCCCUAUGCCUAACGGUGGUGCAACGGUUGAUGGAGCGUACACAGGUCCCAUGGGACUCCGUGGGCCGAUUGGAAGUGGGCACCGAGACCAUCAUCGACAAGUCGAAGGCUGUCAAAACAGUGCUCAUGGAACUCUUUCAGGAAUCAGGCAACACUGACAUUGAGGGCAUAGAUACCACCAAUGCAUGCUACGGUGGCACUGCUUCCCUUUUCAAUGCUGCCAACUGGAUGGAGUCCAGCUACUGGGACGGCCGUUAUGCGCUGGUGGUGUGUGGGGACAUUGCUGUCUACCCCAGUGGCAAUGCCCGCCCCACAGGUGGGGCUGGAGCUGUGGCGAUGCUGAUUGGGCCACAGGCCCCUCUAGCCCUAGAGCGAGGGCUGAGGGGAACCCACAUGGAGAACGCAUAUGACUUCUAUAAGCCAAAUUUGAAUUCAGAAUACCCGCUGGUGGACGGGAAGCUCUCCAUUCAGUGCUACUUACGGGCCUUGGAUCGAUGUUAUGCAGCUUACCGUAAAAAAAUCCAGAAUCAGUGGAAGCAAGCUGGAAUUGAGCGGACUUUCACCCUCGAUGAUAUACAGUAUAUGAUCUUCCACACACCCUUUUGCAAGAUGGUCCAGAAAUCUCUGGCUCGCCUGAUGUUCAGUGACUUCCUGUCAUCCAGCAGCGACAGACAGAGCUUAUACAAGGGGCUCGAGGCUUUCAAGGAUCUAAAGCUGGAAGACACCUACACCAACAAGGAAGUGGACAAAGCACUUCUAAAGGCCUCUCUGGACAUGUUUAACAAGAAGACCAAGACUUCCCUUUACCUCUCCACGCACAAUGGGAACAUGUACACCUCCUCCCUGUACGGGUGCCUGGCCUCCCUUCUGUCUCAUCACUCUGCCCAAGAAUUGGCUGGCUCCAGGAUCGGUGCCUUCUCCUAUGGCUCAGGCUUAGCUGCAAGUCUUUUCUCAUUCCGAGUGUCCCAAGACGCAUCUCCAGGCUCCCCACUGGAGAAGCUGGUGUCUAGUGUAUCAGACCUGCCCAAACGCUUGGACUCCCAGCGCAUGUCUCCUGAAGAAUUCACAGAAAUAAUGAACCAAAGAGAGCAAUUCUACCACAAGGUGAAUUUCUCACCACCUGGCGACACAAACAACCUUUUCCCAGGUACUUGGUAUCUGGAGCGAGUGGACGAAAUGCACCGCCGCAAGUAUGCGCGGCGCCCGGUCUAA